AGAGCUGUACUCCUGGCCAAACGGUCUCACCUUCGUCAAAAUCAAGAAGGAAGACUCAGAAGAUUUCAUCGACGAUAUUAGCUCACAGGUCCUGCGUUAUGCGGUGAGUUCCUAGUACUCCUGAUGUUGGACUUUGUGCCGCAGAUACGUUGUGCUGACAUCCCGACUGGACCGCAUCGUCAGCGCAGAGUAUGUCAGUACCGUGCUCCCAUCUCCCACUUCCACUUUCUAACGUGGUGUGGACACAAGGUACGAUUAUGGUACCUCAACGCCAGUACCUAUGCUGCUUCUCUACCCUUUGACACUCGAGUUCAGAGCGAUCAGGUAGAGCUCGUCAAGAUCUUGCGUCUCAUAUCUCUGGAGGAGCAUUCUGCGCUCCUGGCUGGCCAAUGGCACAUUACAGCCCAGACGGAGUUCCACAUCGAGGUGGACGGUGACAAUCUGUCACUCUGUGAAAGGGUCACAAAUGCAAUGCAACCACUCGAAAGACGGCCCGGACCAUUCGGAUCCCAGACUGCGGUUUUCGCUGAGGGUGGCGGCGCCAGGGACGAACCGGUGCUCAUGAUCAAAAUCUCAUGGCUAGCACCACAUCUGCUGAGACAUGAAUUGGCGAUGAUGCGCACCAUUCAAAAGUUGGGCUUGCCGUACGCCCCUGUGGCCUACGGCAUGGUAGUGAUCCCGACCACAGGCUUUCAAGGCAAUCCCUGCGAGGAAUUAGACAUCUCAUCAAGCAGAUCUCGCGUUGCCUGUGCGCUACUGACCAAGCAACACAUCGGAGACCGCAUCGGCGCCCAAUGCUCGCCCCGCGAUGUCCUGAGCAUCCAUAUGCAGCUCGUAGACGUGCUCUUCAAGCUUGCAAAGGGGAACUUUCAUUACCGUGACCUAAAUACAGGUAACGUUCGUGUUCUGCAAGGCCACACGGACAUCCUCCUACUCGUAGAUUUGGGCAAUAUGCGGAGCAACUUCAGCCCAAGAGAACGACCGGAAAUGACGUACGCCGAAGCGAUGCUCGACAGAGCUACUGAUGACACCAGAUCGGCGAAUGUAGCGUUUCUGCCUACUUGCUGUCUAGAAGUCAAGAAUGCGAUCGAACUUUGGGCAGAGUCGCUUCACUCAGCGCAGAGGGACUUCCAAGCCGCUAUUAACAGAGAUCCCAGUCAUGGCGUCCAAUCCGGUCUGCAACGUAUUUCCGCCACGCUCGAGGUCUUUCGCAGUGUACUAAAAACGCUAGCGCUGCACUCCCAUCGUUACAUUGACGACUUGGAGAGUGCAUUGUACCUGCACGUCUGGACGAGAGCCUGCAACUACCACGCGAACGGGAACGAGAAUGCGAACGUAGAAAACUUGGGAGUGUUGGUCAAGCAACUUUGCGACCUCUCCGGCAAGCGAAAAGCAUGGAAGCGAGAUGCUUCAUGGCAUACGUUUCUCAACAAGUACUGUCCAAGGGCGUCCGAUGCGUGGACAGAUCUCAUGCGUGAAUUGCGAACGACCAUUUACGACGCUCGAGAAGAGCUGAAUCGAGACCUCGCAGAUCACUUUGACGCCAUAAACAGCCUCAAGCUCGACUCCUUGCAGGAUCGUUUGACAAGAGCACAAUGGGAACUUGGCGUGGAAGUGAAGGAUAUCAUCGUCGAGGUCUUUGGUGACAGAGGCAUUGCCGAAGAUACUGGGCUACACGACGUUGAACGAAGGUGCUUCGAGAAGUGCAGCAGCUUGAUGCGAGCAGCAGUAGCGUCGGGUCAAGAGAUGUGAGGAGAUGAGCAGCACGGAGAAACUCACGACUUUGAGAGGCGGACGACGCAGAGGGUUUCUGGGAGGCCCGUCGCUUUGCCUAAAGACGGUAAGCUGGACGAUGUGACUCGUGUGCUGCAGGAGUGCAGCACAUACUAUAUUCCCUGGCUAGUUUUCAAGAGCCCCUCCAAGGAGGCAAUGAAAUCUCCAUCUAUCACUUUCUCCCACCGCUCGUGGUGAUACAGUAGUCUUGGGACAACAAUGGUGUGCCUUCUCGCGACCCUUUUACCACUGCCACUACCACUGCCAC